AUGAAUACUGAAUCAAAAGAAACAAUAACAGAAAAAAUAUUUAUAUUAUUACAACGUCUUCUUAAUGAUAUUAUAACAAGUCCAAUCAAUUUGAUUCUUGUUUUAUUAAUUAUAUUUUUACUUUUUAAAUUAUUUUUAUUAAAACGUAAACCAACAUAUGAUCCAAGUCCAUCAAAAGUUAUACCACCAUUACCUAAAAUGGCUAAACAAGAUUUAACAAUAGAAGAAUUAGGUCGAUAUAAUGGCACGGAUUCAAAUGGUCGAAUUCUUACAGCUAUAUAUGGUGAUAUUUUUGAUGUUAGUCGACGAAAUGAUUUAUAUGGACCAGGAGGAUCAUAUUCAUUAUUCGCUGGUCGAGAUGCAACACGAGCAUUAUCGAAAAUGCAACUAACGCAAUCAUUAUUUUCAAAUGAAUAUGAUGAUCUUGCUGAUCUUACUGAUGGUGAACGAGCUACUGCUAGAAAUUGGCAUGAAGACUUUCGAGAAAAAUAUGAUAUUGUUGGUCGUCUUCUCAAGCCAGGAGAACAACCAAGUGUCUAUCCAGCUGAAGAACCGACAGUCGAUGGUAGUAAUACCAAUGAGAUGAAGAAAAAUGAAUAA